AUGAAAAUAACACUUGUCGUUAGAUUUAUUAAUUCACUUUCGGCAUCAGAUCAAGUACCCGAUUUAAAAAUUCCUAUCGGUAUAAAUUUUGAUAAAGACAAUGUCAAUAGAUUAGUGAAUGUCAUUUGGUUGAAAGCCACCAUUAGAAAGGAUGUACCUCAAUGUGCCAAUAAACGUCUAAGAUUAAUCCACAAUGGUCGAGUAUUAAAUGAAAGAACUGAUUUUGAAAACGAAGUUUUGAAACAUAGGUCUGAAACUGACCAGAUAUUUAUUCAUUGUGUUAUAGGUGAAGAAUUGACAAAAGAACAACUAGAUGAAGAAAAUCAAUUAGAUAAUAGACCACAAGUAGUUUCCACCAACCCUCAAGUUAUUGGUUUCGACAGAUUAUUACAACAGGGUUUUUCACAGGAAGAUGUUGUAGAUUUGCGACGUCAAUUCUACCUGCUUUAUGGAGGUGAUAAUUCAACCGGUGGUGAUAUUGCGGAUGUGGAAGAAGAUGAAAACAGACAGAAUAGAUUACGAGAAUUAGAAGAAAGAUGGAUUGAAUCCACGUCUAAUACAGACCCACAAGCAAAUGGUCGAGCUCCAUUGAGUCGAGAUGGUGGUAGUGGUGGCCCCAGUACGGCUACAGCAACAGGCGACGAUGACCAAUUCCAGGCCGCUCCUCCUCCACUGCAGUCAUUAGAUGUUGAUGAAUCAAGAAUAAAUCAGGAUUUAUUGUUAGGUUUCACUAUUGGUGUGUUUUUAGGGGUCAUUGCAGUUGUGUUCUUGUUGGCUGAUGAUUCAGUCUUCAACAAACGUCAACAAAUGGCAAUCAUAGCUGGUAUAUGUAUUAAUUUCUCAUUAGCAAUUGUCAGAGGACAAUGGAUAUGA